CGCCAAACGAAAAAAAAUAUUAGACAGACUGCAAAAAGCGGCAGAAAAAAAAAGAGUCUCGAGACUGUCCACCGCCCAACGAAGACAACUUUAACAUCUACAAUUCUGCAACAGUCAACCCGAUUACAGUGCAGAUUGUCCAUCAUCAUGGCUCCGGCAGCGUCUGGGUCUGCCAAAUUGGCAAAGAAGCAGAAUCUGCUUGACGACAGCGACUCCGACUCCGACAAUGGCGGCGCCGAGGUUGGCUUCAAGGUGAACCAAGAGUUUGCACAGCGAUUCGAACACAAUAAGAAGCGCGAAGAGAGACAAAGACUGGAGGAAAAGUUUAAGAGGGAGGGCGACGAUGACGAAGACUCUUCCUCCGACGAAGAGGAAGACGAGAACGGUUUCCUAGCUACAGAAGACCUCGAUGCACAAAUCUCUGCCACUCUGCAGGCUAUUCGAAGCAAGGACCCGCGAGUAUACGACGAAAACACCACCUUUUACAAGCCCGAUGACGAAGCAGCACCGGCCGAAAAGGGAGAAAAGGCGGAAAAGCCAAUCUUUCUCAAGGACUACCACAGAGACCGCUUCAUGAAGGGUGAUAUUGGCGCUUCCGACGACGAAGAGGAAGAAACCCCCCAAACAUAUGCCCAAGAGCAAGAAGAUUUGAAAAAGUCCAUCAUGUCCGAGAUCAACAAGGCUGGUGAGGACGAAGACUCCGGUUCCGAAGACGACUUCUUGAAGCCAAAGGAGGCCGUCCGAGCAAAGGUCUCCAAGGAGACUGGUGCACACGCUGUCCACCCUUCAAGAGCUGCCGGCCUCAAGGUCUCCGAGCUUGAUGUUGAAAACGCGGACCGUGACCCAGAGACCUAUCUGUCCAACUUCAUGGCCUCGAGAGCGUGGGUUGAGGAAGGCGAGUCCAAAUGGAAGGCCUUUGACUCGGAAGACGAGGACGAGGCAGAACGUGCUGAGGAGUGGGAGCAAGCAUACAACCUGCGCUUCGAAGACCCCGAAAAGAGCAACGAAGUCCUCCGCUCAUAUGCCCGUGACCUGGCCAACUCGAAAUCCGUGCGUCGCGACGAAAAGAGCGGCCGUAAGCGCAAGAGAGAGGAAGAGCGAGAGCGCAAGGACGAAGAGCGCCGCGAGCGCCAAGAAGAGAAGGCCCGCCUCCGCAAGCUCAAGCUCGAGGAGACAGAAAAGCGCCUGCAAAAGAUCAAGCAGGCCGCCGGUGCUGUGGGCAAGGAGCUGACCAACCAGGACUGGCUCAAGUUCCUAGACGAUGCAUGGGAGGACGACGCCUGGGAGGAGGAGAUGCAGAAGCGCUUCGGCGAGGAAUACUACGCCAUGGACGACGACGACGCCGCCGCCAACUCUGACGAGGACGUCGACAUGGACAGCAAGAAGAAGAGCAAGGUCAAGAAGCCCAAGUGGGACGACGACAUUGACAUCAACGACCUCGUGCCCGACUUUGAAGCCGACGCCAAGGAGAAGUUUAGCCUGAGCGACGACGAGGACGACGCCGAGCCUGCCGAGGACAACGCUGAUGAUGAUGAAGAGGCCGGCCCAUCCGCCAAGAAGAUCAAGCCAGCCGACCGUAAGCGCGCACGCCUCGACUCGCAAAAACAGGCCCGCAAGGAGCGCGCACAGCUCGAGGCCCUCGUCGACUCCAAGAUGAACAUGGACGUCGACGUGCCCUCGGGCCACCAAGUCUUCCGAUACCGCGAGACAUCACCACAGUCAUUCGGCAUGACGGCGCGCGAUAUCUUGCUGGCCCCUUCGGACCAGGUCCUCAAUGAGUUUGCGGGCCUCAAGAAGUUCGCGACGUUCCGCGACGAGGAGAAGAAGCGCAAGGACAAGAAGCGUCUGGGCAAGAAGGCGCGAUUGCGAGAGUGGCGCCGCGGCGUGUUUGGCGAGGAGUACGAGCAUGAUGGGCCGACGUACGGGUUUGAGAAGUUUGCCGGCGCGGAGAGGGGCGUUGAUGAGGAGGCCCCGAAGCCUGCGGUGGACGAGGAGGGCAAUAUCGUUGAAGGAGGCAAGAAAAAGCGCAGACGGUCGAAGAAGAAGAGUGCUGCUGCGGCAUGAAAAGAAAAAGUUACUACUUACUAAAGGCGUAUGUGUAUAUAGAUGAGGAGCAUUGUUUUUUUUGUAGUUUGCUGUACAAUCACGAAACUUUCUUAUAUUGGCUUUUGUGUUGUUACUAUUGCAAGUAUACACGAGUGAGGAGAUUCAGGAUGUGAUAAAAUGUAGAAUAUAUAUAUAAAAGUAGAAGGGUAUACACGCUAGAGCUACUCCCAACUGCCUAGGUCGUCAGGCGCGGUCAUAGAGAUAAAAAGGUAAAAACACAGAGCUGCUGGUCCGCCAAAAGAAACAAAUCUCCAAAAAGAACACCGGUGCUCCCACCAUCGAACCAAGGAAUAAAACAAACACCACACAAUGGGGGGCAAUGGCCAGGCCAUGCCGAAACGGAGAGAGUAUAACGCAACAAAAAGAUCUUGGAAAAACAAAAAGAGGAUGUACAAGUAGAAGAAGAAGAAAGCUCUAGAAGACCCGGAUUUUCUAGAUGAGAGGAAUGUAAAAUGACGAAUUUCGUCUACUACAUGUUGGGGAAGCGGGCAGGGACAGUCAUGUUCUGGCCCUGCGUGGACGGCUGGGCAUUCAUAAACAUGGAGUCAAAGGGAUCCAUGUUGCUUGCGCUACUCAUCAUCAUGUCCUGGCUGCCCAUGUCGCCGGCCUCGACGUCGUACGGAAUGAACCAGGUCGAGGCGUCGCCGGCGCCGGCGCCAGCGGCACCUGUGUUGUACAUGUUUGGAUUGACGACUUGCUGCUGCUGGCCGUUGGCGCCGGGCGUCAUGACCGAGUUGGGCUGGCGUGCCCACGUAGGGCUCGAGUCCAUGUUGGGAGUCAUGCUGCCGGUGGCCGCCAUGGUAUACAUGGCCUGUUGUUGCGCGGCAAUGGACGCCGCAUCCUGGUUGUUCAUCGGCAGCGGGAUCACAUCGGUGAAGUAGUUGAGGUUGGGAGUCACUUGCGUCUGGUACUGCGGGAUUGUCGGCGACAUAGCCAUGAACGAGUUUGUCUGCGGGCCCAUGGUCGGGUUGUUGAACAGCUGCGAGUUUUGCGGUGUCGACAGCUUCUGCGGGCCUUGAGGCGACGAGAAGCGGCGAGCUGCAGCGGCGGCGUUGAGAGCAGAAGGCUGAUUCUGGGUCGUUACAACUUGUUCCGAGGCGCGGCGCUUGAGCUGAAGUUGCUGCUGCUGCUGCUGGUCGGCGCUCGCCUUGACAUCGUUUUGCUGAGCAGAUGCUUGUUUCUUAGUAGCGGUUGAGGCCUUGCGCUUGGGGGCUGGCUUGUUGGCAAUUUCGCUGGAGUUGGGAGCCACAGGUGACAGGGUGCUGAAAAAGUCCUCGACUGACUGCAGCUCGGACUUGAGUUCGAGAACACCAUCUUCGCCCUUGUUGUGCUUGCGUCCUACACUGGGGUCCAUCAUGUCAGAGUCGGCUAUACCGUAAGGGUACUGCUGGAACCAGUCGCCGUACUGCAGAAGUGGUGGGAUAGGGCCUGCGGCGCCGGCUGAUCCUUUGCGCGCCACGUCAUGGCUCGUCUUGUACUGGCGGCGAAUAUCCUCGACCAUCCAGUGGAACAUGCCCCAGUGGCGCAUCAGGCGACGCAUGUACUUGACGUUAAUGGAGCAGUUGGCCUCGGCCGUUGUCUUGAGUUGUGGGCUAGCAGAUGCCAUUGCUAGAAGUUGCACUGAUGUCGAUGUGAAGGCGCUGUAUCCGGCAAAUGCGGCGUUGACGGGGAUCUGACCCUCAUCACCUUCUCGUAGCACCUGGGAUAUGCGGCUAGCCGCAGCAAAUGUUCGCGCACUAGUUUUGGCUAGGAAUUCCUUGGGUGCAUCUUGAACGCCGCUUGCUUGCAGAGCAGAGGCGCAGCCUUGGUUGAGAAAGACAGUGAUGAGGGGGAUGGUGGUAUGGAGCAGCAGAUACUGAGGAGCUGUCUUUUCCGUCACAUGUACAUCGAGGUUGUCCUUGGACCAUUGGUACUGAGCUGGCAGUCGCUGAACCAUCUCCUCGUUCUCACGAAUGAGCGCUGAAAAUCGCGACUUCUCGCUCCAUGCAGGUUCGGGAUCGGAUGCGCGGCCGCCGCCGUUGACGUAUGCUAGAGCGCGGCCCCAGCCAGCAACAGCGCGGACCAUGUAGGCAGCAAUGCCGAGAUUGCUGGCCGUGUCACCAGCGUUGGCCGAUCCUGUAGCAGUAGGUUCGGGUGCCGGUCUGCCGUCGAGGUAUUCUGAGUGGAUGGGCAUGUCAAACUCGAAGAAGCGUUCGUUGACGGGUAGGGGAACCUCGAUGGAUUCUUCAUUGAUAAAUGCAGGUCGCUCAAUGGUGCUGGAAGUGAAGCGGUCGAGUAAGAAGCAAGCCCACAUGGUCCGGCGGCGGAUCUCACGAUCGAUAAAGCUAAGCUUGACUUUUUGGUCUCCAGACGCAAGCGGAUCAUAUUCUAGGUUUUUGUGCAGCUGCAGAGCAUAGGCCAUGCGGAUAGCCUGGCCACCGAGGGCCCAGCUACGUCCGCCGUGGCAUGUUCCAAAUUCGUUGACGGCGAGGAGGAUGAGACAGGUGAGAACGGUGAGAUUGGGCCAUUCAUAUCGUUUUGUGCAGAUCUCGCGGGCAUGCGACGCCCAUUCUUCUCCCCGCAAAAACGGACGUGCGUUGGUGGCUAACUUUGGACUUGUGGAGAAUCGAGCCGCUACGGCGCAGACGGAUAAGACAAGGACGGGCGGGAGGGUAUUAUUUCUGUUGAUGGUUAGCACGGAUAACGAACACGUUUGAGACUGAGAAUCGCUGGUAAAAGGCUGCGCGCGAGUGACGUGAAGGAGUUUCCCCGCACAAAGAGAAACGAACGGAGAAGUACACACGUGCGCAACAAAUAAUCAAAAUCUAAUGGCAUGACUCACUUUAACUUGCGCAUAUAGCUGGGCUUGUGCAAGAGGUAGUAUGGCUGCCCGUAUAUGUUGUCGAAGAAGACCUCGGAGAGAUGUUCUUGAAUGUCUCGAGGUGGUAAGGCUUCGGCACCCUCUUUGGCUAAGCUGUCAUCGUCACUGUUGCGCUCUUCUGAUGACGGCUUGGCGGAAGCAUCUUUUCCGUUGGCUGGGCCAUUAAUCCAUGUAUCGAGGCCUUGGUCAAAGGCCUCAUCGGCUCUCCGCUUCUUUGCGCCUUUUGAGGCGGCGGUUCCCGGGAUAGCGGGCUUUACGACGGCGCGUGUAACAGUGGGCGUGGUUGCAUUGGGAUCCUGUUCAGCCUUGGGGACGAUUUUGAUGAUGCGUUCUUCCAUUCGCUUGAGGCGCUUGUCGAGCAUUGCCAUGUAGUCGGUGCGCGGGGCGGCCUUGCGGCUGGUGACCUUGUAGACGCACGGUAUACGGGAGCGCAAGCAGUGUUUGCAGGCGGGCUUCUCGCCGGAGCAGCGAAUCUUUUUUCUUCUGCAGGCGAUGCACGCGAGGGGAAGGCGCUUGCGGUCUUUGCCGGCUUUUGUCUUUAGCUCGCUCCAUGCGGGGGCGCCGUCGCCUUUGUCGUCCUUUGCGCCAGCUCCUCUGCCGCCCAGAUCGGUGCCGUCUGCGCGGUCCUGAGAAGUAGAGGCAAAGUCGUCGAGGGCAUUGUCGGGAUGGAGGAUGGAGGAGGCGUCGGGGGAGAGGUCAUCGGGGAUGCCAAAGAUGUCGUCGACAUUGGCGGAGAGUUCAGCCGGGUCCAUGGCGAAGGACGAUGCGGAGUGGUGUGUGGUGGGCGCGGUGCUUGUAGUUAAACUAGGAGUUUGUGCAGAUGAUUGAAGAGAAGAAAGGUCGGCGCCAUGGAGAUCAUCAAAUGGAGCAAUGGAGGAAGGUUUUGUGGCGGCGGAGAGGAGGGUAGAUUGGUCUGAGGUGAAGACGUGCGGAUCGUGCAUAGGUAGCGAGUCGUAUUGAAAGGAAAAGUCGCCAAAUUGCGACGGAUCCAUGAUGGAGCCAAGCGAGGAGAAGGCGCAAGCGUCUACUCGUUGGGAAGAGAGAUGAGAAGAGGAGGGAGGAGUAGAAGACGACGCAGGUCGUGUGGUUGUGGUUGUGAAGUUGGGAGAAGUGGUUGUGGCGGUGGUGGGAGAAGAAGAGGAGGAAAAGAGAGAAGUAGAGGCGGAGGCGGAGAGGUUGAGCCAGUCACAGAGGUCUGGAACAGUAGUAGCAGCAAGCGCAGAAGCACCAGUCACAGUGAACGCAGUAUCAACUGGAGCGUUAGCGUUGGCGUUAGCGGCAGCAGCAGCUUUAGCGCUGGUCGUGGCUGAAGAAGAGGAGGAGGAGGAGACGGAAGAGGAAGAGCGGGAGAAGAAGGAAGAAGACGGGUUCCAGGCGCUAGAAGAAGACGAAGUAGUAGAGGAAGAAGAGGAGGAGAUGGAAUUGUCCCAAUCGACAGCCGAUGGAAAUGCAGCAGUGACGGCAGCAGCAGUAAGCCCUGAUGUUGUUCCUCCAACACUGGAAAUACCUUUCGUAAUGGUAGCAGUAGAAGCAAAAGUAGGAAAAGAAGAAGAAGCACUGGUGCAAGUAGUGGUGGUAGCAGCAGUAAAGGCGCUGUUGGCGACAACGGCGGCGGUGCUCGCAGCAGUGGACCUUGUCUGCUGGGCCUCCACUGGAAU